GUUGACAGCUGCAUGUAGAACAUAAACCAGACUCUAUCUCAGGAUCGGAGAACAGACUGCGACCUGCAUUGAAGUCAUACACUUCGAUUCCAGGACCUGGAGAAGAUGGUCACUGCAUUUCAGAUUUAAUUUAUUUUGUAUUGACUGAUGUGCAUGUAGCUUCUCCAUCACACAGAGCAGCUGUGGGAUUCGUAUACCCAACCUCCGCAUAAAUGCAUAAUAUUUAGUAUAUAUAAUCAUCAUUAAAAAACUUUUCCUGGCAGAAGGUACAACUUGUUCUAUCAAAAAGAAUUCCAGGGGCACCUUAUCAGACCUCUUACAGAGACCAAGAAUGGAGGACCUAAAGACAGAAAAAAUCCUACUGGAGUUCCAAAAUCAAAAGGCCUCCAAAAGAAGUGCAAUUUUGGCAGCGGAUGACAGUUUGACUGAACAAAUGAAAGAAGCAGAAGCUGCAAAACAAACACUGGCUGAAAGUGAAAAGAAGAAUAACAUACUGGAAGAGCAAAAAGCAUCUACUGAGAAACAGUUGAAGACAAUGGGUGAACAUCAUGAAAAAAAUAUUGCUACUCUGAUUAAAACAAUGGAAGACAAUAGAGAAAGAUAUAAGGAGGAAAAUUUGCAGUACUGUAGGAAAAGACAGAAGGAGCUGGAGGACAACAUAAAUAAGCUGCAGGACAACAUAAAUAAGCUGAAAAGCGAUUUAACCUGCACUAUUUCAUAAAACUGAAUUCAAAAAACAAAAGUUAUAUUUACUUUAUUUCAUGCUCAAAAUAUUUAGAAAUAAAACUUACAUUUACAUAGCUAUCUAUUGUAACUGCCUCUGCCUUUGCAUCCACUGCUUCCUUCAUGGCAGUGUGUACCUUGUUAGCCAAAAGUAUAUAUUUUUUGUGGAAUGUGUAAUUAUUGACUGGCUUUAACUGCACUAUUAUUUUAAAUAAACCACUGGCACAAAUCCAAAAUGCAGAUAAAUUGAGAUGUUAUGUUGCCCUAUCUCGUCUUCAUUCAUUGCUGGUUAGGUUUGGAACUGAAAAUCAGUUCCGACUCGGCCUUAUACAAAAGUUCAAGAGCUUACACCAGCUUGUGGCUGUACCAUAUCCCAUGAUACUCAAGGAAGAUUAUCCAGAUCUCAUUUGCCACUAAACAAGAUCGGGUGCUUCCAUGCAGGCUCUAGGCUAAGUGAAAACGUUUCUGUUUUAUUUCAAGUGAUUUCAUAAAAAUUUAUGAUAAAUUGUAGUUUUUUUCUAACUUUAGAGUAGUGUGGUAGUAUAUUGAGAGUGUUUGUUGUUGCUUUUGUGCUGUUUCUUGUUGGCCAUCGUCUACCCCCAGGAGUCUGUUUUUUCCCCCUAUCCCGGUCUCAAACUCGUUUAAUUUAGAAUAGAGAGUUUUGAGUCAUUGUUAUUAAUAUUAUUACUAUUUCCUUUCUCAUUGGGGAGUCCAUUUGAGUUAGAGGGCUCCCUACAGCCCAUUUGAAUUAGAGGGCUUUCCCUUCCUUUCUUUCCCUUUUUCUGUGUAGGAGUUAGUUAUUUUAGUUGCAUACUUCUCCUCCUUUUAUUGUACUCAAUAAUUAGAGUUUUUUGGCAAGUGUGUGUGUGUGUGUGUGUGUGUGUGUGUUAACUUUAUAUAGUUAUAUAUACAAAAAAGGUUGUUGUUUUUUUCCUUGUGUGAUCCUAGUUAAUGUUCUGGUUUGUUUGUUGACUGCUGUUGAGAAUGUCUAAGGAUACCAGAAAAGCGAAACCUUCGGGUUUUAAGAAAUGUGACAAGUGCAACCAGAAAAUGCCUCUGGCAGACGGACACACCAGCUGUGUGUAUUGUUUGAGUGCUGUCCACCUUCAGGAGUCAUGUUCCUUCUGCCAUGCCUUUAGUUCAAGAGUCUUAAUAAAAAGAAGGAACAAAUUAAUAGUUAGGGGCUUGUUGAAGACACCUUUUACUGAGGCUCUAGAAGGGAAUCAGAGUUCCUCAAAAACCACUCAACAGUCCCCAUCUUCCAGAUCUGAGAAAUACACAAAAAGGUCAUCCUGUACUGCUCCACUAUCAUAGCUGACAAAAAAGCAAGCAAAGGAGUCAUCUGCGAACCCAAAGGCUUUUGGGCCAGAGAAAUCUCUCUCUUUGGCUACUAUUGUAAUCCUGGAACCAACAGAGUUCCAAUUUUCAGAGCCAGUCUGCAGUUCUGGAACCGGUCUCCCCAGUGCUGCAUUCUCCUUUGCUGCAAUCAGUGAGGUCCCUGACUCCAUCCUCUUGAUCCUCCAGGAGCCAUUCAGAUGAUGAUGUGGAGUGGGUGGUCAAGAGGCUUUUACAGAUGCUGGAACUGGCCAACAUUCUAUCGACCCUGACCCAGAGUGAUCCAGAGCUGACCAACAUCACUUUCCCUUCAUCGAUUCCUCCUCCGACCCAUUCUUUGGCUUCAGAGCUGGAGUGCUUGGAUCCAAUUGCAGUGGAACCAUCUUUACCGGGUACCUGCCCCAGGAUCUUUGGGCCCGGCCACCGCUCUUACCUCCUCAGCUCCAUUGGGAGUCGAGGGGUCUAAGAGCUGAUGCUCUCCCAUCGGGUCCAGGGAGAAGAGUUGGGCUGGACAGUUGCCCAACACAAGUCUACCUCUCGGGGCUUUGGCAUGGGUGAACUCAGUGCCUACAUUGGCCUCAGAGCCCACCGACUUGGUUUGGAUGGGUUUCUAGUUCCUUGGAACUGGGAACCUCCUCCGAGCAGGGUUGAGGGGCUUUUGAAGUGAUGAGAGUGCUGUCACCUCAGACUGCUCUGCUGUCAGGUCCAAGUACUCUUUCUCCAAAGUGCCAGUGUCCACCUCGGUGCCAACGCUCCCUCCCAGGCGUGCAGACCCGAUGCCCCAAGAUGCCCCAUUGGGUGAAGCGGUCUCUUCCAAAACCUCACCAGAGUGCCCCUCUGAAGAGGUCCCUCAGAAGGGGUUGUGUAAGAGGAAGCAUCUAGACUCCUCUGAGGAGUCCAUCACUUCA